AUGCUCAUUCAAGCGGCGAGGCCCGCUCUGCGGACUGGUAAUGCGGCCUUUGCCAGAGCUGCGAUUCCUCAGUCCGCCAACUAUGCCACCCUCAGAGAAAUCGAAGGACGUCUCAAGUCCAUCCGCAACAUCGAGAAGAUCACCAAGACGAUGAAGAUUGUCGCCUCGACAAAGCUUACACGUGCUCAAAAAGCCAUGACUGACUCGCGGGUGUACGGUCAGACCUCAAACAAAGUCUUCGACUCCGCCGAAACGAAGCCCCUCGAAGACAAGAAGACGCUCCUGGUUGUCUGCUCCUCGGACAAGGGUCUUUGCGGUGGUAUUCAUUCAGGUCUGAGCCGUGCUACUCGCCGAAUGCUUGAGGCAGAUCCCAAGCUCGACAUUGCCAUCAUUGGAGAGAAGUGCAAAGCCCAGCUCGGCCGUUCAAACGGCAAGAACGUCGUCCUGAACUUUGCUGGGGUUGGCCGAGACGUUCCUACUUUCGCCGACGCUCAAGCCAUUGCCGACCAGAUCUGCUUGUUGCCAGAGGAGUACGCCUCCAUCAAGAUCAUGUACAACAAGUUCAUCAACAACCAGUCGUAUGAGCCCACUCCGAUCGAGGCUUUCUCAGAAGAAGCUAUUGCCAACUCACCCAACUUCGCUGCUUUCGAGAUCGACGAUUCAGUGCUCGGCAACUUGAGAGAGUACACUUUGGCCAACUCGUUGUACUGGGCCCUCGCCGAGGGUCACGCUUGCGAGCAGUCCGCACGGCGCAAUGCCAUGGAUAACGCUUCCAGCAACGCAGGCGAUAUGAUUUCGAGGUUCCAGAUUCUGUACAACAGAACGCGACAGGCCGUGAUUACUGGCGAAUUGGUGGAGAUCAUCACGGGCGCCACUGCUUCGGAGGACAUGUACACCACAGACCUACCAUUGAGGAUCGACAAUCAUUACGGCUUGCGCAUUCGAAACGAAAAGAAGCAGUUUAGUCCGCUUCGCACUCCAAAGUCGCGCCGUCAACCAGCCUCUCAGACCAAGCCGGAAGAUGUUGAGGCUCCAGCCAUUCAAGACUAUAUCCGCGAGUAUGGGUAUGACUAUGACUAUAAGUCCAUCUACAACAUUAGCGAUGAAGAAAGCGCCAAAUUGCAGAGUCGCCGCAAUGCUCCGGCUCCAGAAUUCGACUUCAACAUGUCGCCAAUUCAUCCAAUUGGAUUGCCGCUCGAUCCUCGCUUGUACUCCUGGCCAGCACUCAAUGGUCAGCCACUUUCUCUUCUGAUCGACCAGUCAAGCAAAGACUUUUCAAGGGUCACCAGAGUACCACGCGAUCGUGCUCCCGUUAGAUCUGAUGAGCCCGUCAACUGGCUGAUUCCGCUUCCUCCUGUCAGACCGGUCGCUGUUGACUUGUACACUGGUUCGCCAAUCUAUUCCGACUUCGAGGUCUACAUCGAUGAGGAGGAUCGCGUGCCGGAAGAUCUCUACGUCUCUCAAGUGGAUGGGCCUUCUGACGGCUACGGGGAGGACUCUGACAAGGAGAACGAGCAAGCGGAGAGCGAGGACGCGUUCACCACCUACCACACCCCUCCGACUACAACCUAUCAUACCCCCAGAGAAGCUCCCACGCCAGUCACCAUAGUCUACGAUCCUCAGGAUGGUAGCAUCAGGCGGGCCCUCGAGCGAUUGAUUGCCACUGGCAGAGCCGAAGCGCAAAUCACCAGCAGCUCUGGUUCUCGUUCCUCCUCGCCGAUUCUGUUUCCCAGUCCUGGCACCUCUCCGCGCUCCCGCUCCUACCAGAAUAAGAUGGGCUGCACCUACCACGAAGAGAUGGUAGAAGAGGAGACGCAGCAGCCCAUCUACCAGCCUGCUUUCUACCACCGUCACGCCAUCGCGCUCCGUGAGGCACUGGAAGGGAUCUAUGGCUGCGUUGAGGACAUGAACGAGGGGCGUUUCGACGCGUUGUGGCGCUGGUAUGGGGCAGAGGCUUCCCUGAAUGGAAUCGAAGUUGGCAUCAGAGGUACAUCUGACGGGAAAGUGAGAGCAUAUUGA